AUGUUGAGAACCCCUUCCAUGCGCAGCAGUCAGCACUUGUGGUUGUGGAGGUGAGGUUAAAGUUACAAUUUUUACUCGCUACUUUUGGAAAGAUGUUUCUCCUGAAGGAUUCAUUUGAUAAGCUUUGUUAAUCGUUAUUAGUAGCAUCUAAUUUAACACCCAGAUCAACAUCUCGAUAAUCAUUCGGAGGCACAGGUGCAUAGAAAUCAAAGCCCCCUCAACAUGCAUUUGCUACGCUGUCAGCUCAUGUAUGAGAAAUUGGACGUGAACUAUUCAACACCCUCAAAAUCAUCGUCCAGCACCAAGAGUGCUACAAAUGCUUGAAAUGAAAACGCACCAUUAACUCAACACUAAAAAGUAGAAAGUAGAAACACUUCACACCUGGAUUGUAACAGAAACAAUGUUACUCACUUUCGCUCCUCACCUACUCUUGGCGCGUUCACCUUCCGCCCAUCACUCACUCUACUUCGCCGGAAGCUGCAACCUCUCCCGCUCCAUCAUUUCCUUGCGCUCCCGCCACCACUUCCCAAUACUGCACCUCAACCCAUCGCUGCCUUUCAAACCCAGCCACUUCACCUUCCUCGCCACCCGAGCAGAUGCAUUUAACCUCGCAGCCUACGAUUCUGACGGAGCUCUCCCCAAACAUGCUGCUGGCGCUGGCGGUUUUGAUUUCGACUACUUCCUUUCUCUCAUCGAAUUCUCGUGCCUGCUUUCUUCUGCGUUCGCGUCGGUCUGUGUCGCUGUGGUCGCGGGUUUGAAGAAGGAGCUUUUGGCCGCGAUUGGGAGUAAGGCUGCUGUCUGGGGAACCUUGGCGCUGGUUUUUGGGGUUUUGAGUGGCGCGUGGAUCCGGAGACGGCAAUGGAGGAGGGUUUGUAGGGAGACGGUGAAGGAUGGGUUGCAGGUGAACCUGCUGCAGAGGAUUGAGAAAUUGGAGGAGGAUUUGAGGAGCACCUCCGCCAUUUCUAGGGUUUUGUCGAGGGAAUUGGAGAAGUUGGCAAUAAGGUUUCGCGUCACUAGGAAGACCUUGAAGGAGCCCGUAACUGAGACUGCAGUGCUGGCGCAGAAGAAUUCUGAGGCUGCUAGAGCAUUAGCGGUGCAAUCAGACAUUUUGGAGAAGGAGAUGGUUGAAAUUCAACAAGUUUUGCUAGCAAUGCAGGAGCAACAGCGAAGACAACUUGAUCUGAUUCUUGCAAUUGGUAAGACUGGUAAAUUGCAGGAAAGCAAGCUGGAAACACGUGAAGAAAAUGAUACCUUAGAAACAUCUAAUUCAGUUGAUGAUGAGGUGAAACAGGAGGUCCACCCUAUAUGAAGCUUGGGUUAAACUGAGGAAAAUCCUGAUAUUUUGGAGUUGCAAAUCUUGGUGUAAUAUUCUUUGUAACACUAUGCCACUGAAUAUAGUCAAUGAAGACAAAAGUCACAAAUAUCCAACAUUAUAUCAGCAUAUAGACAAUGGUUACCCUUAUUUGGGGAGCGCCUCAAAUUAGCUGUGUAUACAUGUCAGAACAAUUCACACAAGACAAACUAAGAUGACAGAAUAUGCUGAACUCUGGUUCAAUGUUAAAAGUUCAGGAACGUAUCACUUGCCCUCUAUGCUUGUGCAUGUACUUUUGAUUAAAGUUUGAAAGGUAAACAUCAUCAAUUUCUUUCUA